AUGCCAGGCGUGCCAAAAUCCCGGGGUUGCCAGACCUGUAAGCAGAGGAGGAUCAAGUGCGACGAAACAUGGCCAACUUGCGCUCAGUGCAAACACAUGAACGUUAAAUGCCCUGGGCUAACAUCUCUCAUCAAGUUCAUCGUCCACAAAACCUCGGAUGUGAGCUCGGGCAAAAAGGGGUCGGCACAAACUAGCCACUCAGGGUCUGCUCUACACCUGCGGAAAAUUCAGUAUGCCAAGGUUGACGAUGAAAGUGCCGGGUACGGUCUUUUACAAGCAACUCCCAGAAGUAAUCCUACUACCAUCGCUGAUCGAGUUGGGUCACGUCUCGUCGGCAACAUGGAGCGCGGCCGGAUAGGGGUUGCUGGCAUUUACAUGACCUACCUACCGGAGCUGCCGAAACGGCUAGCCAGAAGUCCUUGUCUCCGCGAUUCAACAGAUUUGUUUUGCUCAGCAUGGUCUAGUUUUCGGCGUCACGAUCCCCAGCAGGGUGGGCUCAUGGGCAUGCCUCAGUAUGGGAAGGCUUUGAGAAGCCUUGGGCGCGCUUUACUCAACGAUCAACAUCGUGAUGUAGAGACUCUGGCUGCUAUGGUACUUCUUGAAAGAACAAGUAGGCUAUUCAAUCGCGAUCCCCAUCAGACGGGGAUUCACCUCAAGGCGAUAAGAGAAGUGUUUCGUCAGAGAGGGCCUCCUAAUAUCAAGGAUGAGCUUGAUGUUGCUGCGACAAACGAAGUACACGGGCUUCUGUUACGUGACGACUCUGGAAACGAAGAAAAUGCUUUUCUUUAUCAAUCACCAUGGAAAGAGGCCUUAUCCUACUGCGCAGAUAAUAUGGCGCCCCUCAAUGAUGUCCGCCCAUAUUUAAUAGAUGACGUUUGGGUUCUCUAUGGGUGUUCGAAACAGCUAUAUGCAUUACUCCCCGAGUUUCAACACGCAUGUCGUUACUCCUCAGCAACUGAAUCAGCCGCUCAAGCGCUUCAUAUCCGCAACCAACUACAGGGUCUCAGAGAAGCGCUCAAAGAUAAGCCCCUCAAGCUAUGGGAAAAGGCGCUUGAAGCAGGCGUCAUUACCAAAACUAUCGAUGAUGAGUCCAUCACAGGACACAAAUAUUCCUUCGGCUCAGUCUUUCUUGCAACUAUGUAUCAGAAAAUCCUUCUUGUUCGUCUAGCCAUCAUGCGAAUGAUAGGUAGUUUGGUCGACAGAUGGGGCGCUCCGGAUAUCACCCUUUUAGCCGAGUUUAAGGACGUCAGCGUCUAUGUUUGGAAGAUGAUACCAUACGUGCGAUCUUUGGAAUCGGUCAUUGCUAUUGACAUGGUAAGACCAAUGCUUUUUAGCUAUGAGGCUGCCAACAGCGAAGAGAAAGAAUACCUCCUAAAUUCUAUUCUCGAAAUAGACGAAAAUAUAGGGCGCUACCCCAGGGACAAAACGGCGUUGGAAGCCACGCUGAAGAACGCAGAUCAGAUAUUGAGCUACUUUGUAGACGAAAGCAUCUGA